AUGGGAUGUGGUGGUUCUAAGGACACAGAUGACUCCGCGCAAAAACGUAGGACUGGGACAAACCAGCCUUCCGAGGACAACGUGUCAAUAGUUGAAAACCAAAAUGAGGAAACUAGUUACAUAAAUCACAAUACUGAUGACAUCUCAUCGAAACGGAAGCGGUCUGUGAAUAGCACCAGCAACAGUAAGGGAAGUAACCGGACUUCCGGUACAGGCAGGGGCGGACAAUCCAACAACACACACAAGAGCAAUGGCAGACGUCAGGCCCCGCCCAAGCGUGACAAAAGCAACCGGCAAUCAGUCAACGAGAAAGGUUACAAGAAACGCAUCAGAGAACAGCUUUGGCAAGCCACAGAUGGUAAGGAUGAGAUAGAGCUUGAGAACGCCAUUACAGCAUUUGAGAAGAACAAGUUGGAAGAUAAUGGAGACUUAACGGAUGCCAAAGAGAAACUCUCCUACCUCUUGUUAAGAAAAGAGAUACGGGAUGCUAUCCUGAGGCGUCACCCUGGAGUACUAGACAAGGCCAUACAAAAUGUAGAGGAAUCUCCGUAUCAGUCCAAUUUACAACACUACUUAGAGAGGGCCCGUGAACUAAGGCAGCACCUGACGGAGCUGGACACGUACCGUCACGACAUCCUAGAGAUGGACCAGUCGACCAUCUCGGAGAUUCGCUCCUACCACCAUCCACCAGACGGCGUUCAUGAGACCAUGAUGUCAACCUACCUUAUAUUGGGAUACGAGGAGGACAAACUAACGGAAUGGGCAGAUGUUCAGUGUCUACUCGGUCGGUACGGGAAAGACAGCCUGAUGCGAGAAGUGAAAAACGCCGACACGGUCAAUAUGACGGAUCAAACUGCAUCACGCGUGGAUGAACUACAGUCCAAAUUUACACCAGACAAAAUCCGUGCCGUCAGUUGCGGAGCAGCAACCUUCUAUGUCUGGAAUGACAAUAUGUGUGAAAAAUUCUCCAAAGAUAACGCUGGCGGUAAGCAAUCUACAGCAUCAAACGAGGCACCGACCACUCCUGCUAGUACGAAAGGACGGAAGAAGAACAAAGGCUAG